AUCCCCAGCUGUCCGCGGCAGAAACCCGACCGGGUGGCUCCUUAUGCGCCGGGCCGAGCCGAGCCGAGCCGAGCCGAGCCGAGCCGACAACAGCUUGCCGCUCGCGCUAAUCUGCACCGGUGACGCCAGCAGUGCGCAGUGUAAAACCUGGAGUGCGCUUGUUUUGGGGGAUUUGUGGCUCCGACCCCUUCCGACGACAUUCACGCACUCGUCACUGAGAUUCGCCAUUGGACACUCCUGGCUGAGUUGGAUACCAUGAGAUCUUUUUCUUUGGCUUCUAUAAAGAUUGAUUCUUAUUAUUAUUUUCUUCUUUUUUGAAGAUUCCCACUGUUAUCAUGUUGCCAGAGAUAAAUAAGACGUCACGCCCGGAGGCAUUCCCUCACAGACGGCAAGCAGAGGCCAGUCGUCUUGGGACCAACCGAUCCCGCUUACAGAAGUUUGGCCCAGGAGUAGGAACUUUGCCUCAGCGAGAGCCUCCGGUAGUCCAGGUGGUGGUCAGUAAUGCCAAGAAUCAGCACCAGCAGCACUCUGACCGUAUCCUGCCCCAAAUUGUCAAUCAGGGGGUCCAGAACUACUAUCAAACAAACACAGUUGAGAGGCCGAAGCCCACUCAGCAAUUCACCGUGCGAUUUGGUGCAGCCAUGGAUAAAAUAUCAGUGUCUCGCAACACCAAACUCUUCAGCAACAGGCUGAAUAAAGAAAAGGCACCCGAGGGUCGCAGGCUACCAAUGUCUCCUUCAGACUCAAUCUACAACUUCCAAGAUCGUCUGACAGAGUUUGAGAAGGAGGAAAUAAUGGACUACGCAGAGAUCUGGUUCCUCGGGCUGUGCUCUCAGAAGAUAGAGGGUUCCCAAGAUGCACCGCAGAACUGUGGAUAUGAUGAUGAGCAUGGGAGCUACAUCAGGGUACUGCACGACCACAUCGCCUACAGAUUUGAAGUACUUGAAGUGAUUGGAAAAGGCUCCUUUGGGCAGGUUCUGAAAUGCUUGGACCACAAGACCAACGAACUUGUAGCUGUUAAGAUGAUCCGCAACAAGAAGAGGUUUCAUCACCAAGCUUUAGUUGAGCUGAAGAUCCUGGAUGUGAUAAAGAGGAAAGACAAAGACAACGUUCACAACGUCAUCCACAUGAAGGAGUACUUCCACUUCCGAAAUCACCUCUGCAUCUCCUUCGAGCUUCUCGGGGUGAACUUGUAUGAGCUCAUCAAAAAGAACAACUUCCAGGGCUUCAGUGUGGCUCUCAUCCGUCGCUUCACCCAUGCUCUGCUCAGAUGCCUGCAGAUGCUCCACAGAGAAAAGAUCAUACACUGCGACCUCAAGCCGGAGAACAUCCUUUUGUCUCAGAGAGGACCAGGAAACAUCAAGGUGGUCGAUUUUGGAUCCAGCUGUUACGAGCAGCAAAGAGUGUACACCUACAUCCAGAGCCGCUUCUACCGCUCCCCAGAGGUCAUCCUGGGUCACCCCUACAGCAUGGCCAUUGACAUGUGGAGUCUGGGCUGCAUCCUGGCUGAGCUCCACACUGGGUACCCUCUCUUCCCUGGGGAGAGUGAAGUGGAGCAGAUAGCAUGCAUCACGGAGCUUCUCGGAAUGCCUCCCAAUGAUUUUGUUCAGUCGGCAUCCAGGAGGAGAUUGUUUUUUGACUCAAAAGGAAAUCCCAGAAACACUACCAAUAGUAAGGGGAAGAAACGAAGAGCCAAUUCCAAGGAGCUGUCAACUACACUGAAGACAAACGAUGCUUUAUUCUUAGACUUCAUCACACGCUGCCUCACUUGGGAUCCAACGAAACGGAUGACACCAGAUGAGGGUUUACAGCAUGACUGGAUCCUGGAGGGGAAAUUCGACAAGGUGAAGCCUACAACCAAACCAUCCGGGAAGAAGCCGACAGACAGCGUGACAGCCACUGAGCCAAAUGGUGACUACAAUUACGGCAAACAGGCUAACGGCAAAUCCGUGGAGAGGUUCAGCAACGACGAAAACAGUGACGACGACAAGCUGAAGAGACACAGUUCAGGCACAAAGACGACUCCGGGUGAACGUCUGCAGCCUGUUGGGGCGUCGGCGCAGGACGAGGUGUGUGACGCUGAGGAUUCGAAAUUUGAGGGUGUAGAGAGGCCUGUUCACAUCUUCGUCAAACCUCGGGAGGAAAAGGGCACAGAGAUUCAAGAGAGCCUCGUGCUCUCUCGGUGUUUGCCUCAUUUAAUGAAGUAAGAGCAGAAGAGAGCUGUGCUCCGUUCAAGGAAAACGGGAAACUUAAAUGGGUCCUGAGAUUUGCACCUGCUUGUCCCUUCAUUAGUCAGGGAUACAAACUAAAACGGUAUUAGCCAAGCUUUCCGGCAUGGUGACGGUGACAGGUUGCUACAAACGCUGCCAUGUUUUUCGAGUGAACGUGACCCCACACACGUGAAGACAAUUCUAAGGAGAAUGGCCGAUCAAUUAUGAUUAUGAACAUUUUUGUAAAUAUAUUUAAAUAUAAGAUAUAGCACUGACAGUAUGUCGUUUGUAAUGUUGGUACGUGUUUGUCGGCCACAUGGUAAAACCUUUUUUAUUAUUGUUAUUCAUUGGGCAUAAUCUUUGCUGAGAACAUUCUAAUUCUUUUUUUUUUCUUUGUUUAAUUCCCACCUCUCCUUUACAAUCCGUCUCAUGUUUAACUAACUAUUAAAGUGUGUCUGGAAUAUAGGCCAAGCCAAAACUGUUUUGUGUACAGAGACACAAUGUCAUCUACUGAUUAACUGAAGCAAAAAUACCGCUUAUUAAUUCUUUGAUUUUUUUUUGUUUGAGCAAAUGUUUUGUAUAUGAUUAGGAAACGAUGUGCACCUCAAUGAUCAUGUAUUUGUGAUUAGUUAUUGUAUUUUGUGUCCAAAAUAUGUGUAGUACAGAAUAUCUAUUUAUUGUUACUGUAAGAUAAUAUUUUGAAUGUGUGCUACUAAUAUUUUUACACGAGAAACUAAAAGACAAUCUUAGUUUGUGCCUUGCAUUAUUAGAUAUCUUGAACUUUACUGGUGUGUGUAAAUCUGGACGAGAAACUGUUUUAGAUUCUUAGAUUUGUCCAGUACAAUAAGAAACCUCCAUGCUUUUUUUUCUAACAGUGAUUUUUGUCUUGCGUCACCACCGGUUUGAAACAGACGACAAUGCCCUUAGUGACAAUCAGGCCAGCCAUCACAGAUUCUAAUAGAAUGGAGGAGAUUGAACAUAACAUAUCAAAAGUGAAUCAUUUUCAUGUGUUUUAUGCAAAAAUAAAAUAUGAUUUCAUAUAUCUGUGUCUAUGAACUCAAUAAUGAGACCGGACUCUUCAGCACUGUCGAUCCAAAAAGCAAUGUUUGAGCUGAACUUUGU